AUGGCAUUCAAUCGCGUCAUUUUAAGACUAAAACGGACAGUACUUUGCGAUAAACGCGAGCAAAAGCCCAAUCUAGACAGUAUGGACAUCGGAGGACCAACAGAUGUCCGCGUAAUCGACGUCUCAGACUUCUUACCUGGUCUUACCUACCACGAGCGCAAACAAAUCCGAGAAGAAGCGUCUAGCGGCGCGCUUCGCCUUCAAAGCCUUCAAUCGCAUCCACCACUGUCGUUUCCGGAAACAUCUCUCAAUGGCUCGAAGUCGCGCUUGCAGUCUCUCGCAACUGGCCCUGUUCAAUCUGCUUCCACCGAGGCUGAUGCCGUCUCCUCGCAUUACCCAUCUUCCGACGUGUUUCCCGAGGCCGACUCUGUGAUAGCACACGCGGCUACUCUGGAUGCGGGGCCGGGAGCGGAAUUCAGCAGUGCUUCUACAAGAUCAGAAGACGACCACAGUGCAUAUGUAGUGCGCAUGAAGGAUGUGGAGAAGGGAGAACGGCGGUAUAGCAGCGACGCCAGUUCUACUCGGUCUUCUGACGAGAUGGACGCGAAAGAUAAAAAGCAUCGUGCGGGCCCAACACAUGCGUUGACCCUGGAUAAGGAAGAGAGGGACAUACACGAAGAUUUGUCUGCCACUGGGCGAGGUGGAAAGGACGUGGAAGUUGAGCAAAUACAUGGCAAUCAUAUCGUGGGGAAUAGCUUCACCACCGGGGAGACAAAAGCGCUUGUUGCAUGCUAA